AAGUCCAGACUCCAAAUAUUUGGAAACGCUCUAAAUGUUGGUUUAAAUCUUAAUCUAGUAGCUUCUGUGGUUCUGGAGCUGUGGCCUGCUCAGUUCUUGGGUUUGUUUUUGCUGCACUGGGAAACAAUUAGUCUGUCUCCUCUGAUCUCUGAGAAUAAUGAUUUGUUUGUCUGUGCAAGUUGUGGCCCGGGAGGAGUGCGAGUGUGUGCAUGUGUGCGUGUGUUUAUGUGUUGUAUGUGUGCAUUGCCUGUCAGCUGAUAGAGCAGUCGAGGUAGUGUUGGGUUUCAUCAUGCUGUUUAUUCCCCACCCUUCGCUGUGAGGGAAGUUAGGGAGAGGACAUUGGUGUGUGUGUGUGUGUGUGUGUGUGUGUGUGUGUGUGUGUGUGUGUGUGUGUGUGUGUGUGUGUGUGUUUGCUGUCGUGCUGACGUCUCCAGACUCUGGUGUAAGGCUCAUAGAGACAUUGCAAGUCCCUGCAGGGGAAAAAAGCACAUUGCCUCCUCUUUUUUUCCCUCCCUUCUCUCCAUUUCUCUCUCUCUUCACCUCCACAACACAGCCUGAGGCGGAGGAGGAGCUAUAUCCUACCGUUUUUAUGUUUUUUUCCCCAGUUUGUUUAUCAGUGUCUCUGUCGCUCUCUUCUGGUCCCUCUGUCACCUCCAGCCACUGACUGUCAAAAACAGAUGACCCAAGCUUGGCAUGCAUGCAUGUGUGUGUGUGUGUGUGUGUGUGUUUAUGUGUGUGUGCCUGUGCCAGAAGUGGGAAGGUCUGGCUCUAACCUGAUGCUAUUAAUACCACCUAAUGAACAUAAUCUGUAGGGUAGGUUAUCCUCUUACAUUUGUUGGCUGGACGGCUGAGGGGAGGAGUGGAGAGCGAGUGAAAGAGGAGGGAAAAAGCUGUGCUGUAGUUUCACACUGAGCGUGCUCCCUCCACCAAGCUGCAGUGCCUUCUCUCUCUCUCCGCUACUGCUCCUCUGAAUGGAAGAAACAGAAAGCUAAACAGAUAUUUAAAGUUUCGUUUCUCAUCUAAUCUAACGCCCCUCUAUAUUGUCAACCCUCUACCACCCUCUCUCUGGAUGCACUGUACCAGAGGGCAGUGCUGUGAAGUGCUUUAUUGUUCUUCAGUGUGUGUGUAUAUAUAUACUGGGUAAACCUGUUGGAAGUAAUAUAGGAUUAAAACACAAUUUGCGUAGUCGCACAGUGGGAGCCUCCCUUUCAUUUUUCAUCAGUUAUGAACUCCCUACCAUCUGACUCAGGAGCUAGAAUAUCUGGCUGUUGGACUCUAAGAUCUGAUGGCGGUGGAGGUGGUGAGGGAUCACUGGACCGGCUUCUCCCCUCAGUAAGCACAGGCCUCUCACCCAGGAAAAGGACCACCAGCCAGUGUAAGUCUGAGCCACCUCUCCUACGCACCUCCAAACGAACCAUCUACACCGCUGGACGCCCACCCUGGUACAACGAGCAUGGAGCACAGUCCAAAGAGGCCUUCGUUAUUGGUCUGUGUGGCGGCAGUGCCUCAGGAAAGACAACAGUAGCCAGGAAAAUUAUCGAAGCUCUCGAUGUUCCAUGGGUUGUACUGCUCUCAAUGGACUCUUUUUACAAGGUCCUGACCCCAGAACAGCAGACUCUGGCUGCCAGCAACGACUACAACUUCGACCACCCCGAUGCUUUCGACUUUGAUUUGCUGACCCACACCCUGCGCAAACUCAAACAGGGCAAGAGCGUGAAAAUCCCUGUGUAUGACUUUACAACUCAUGGGAGACAGAAGGAGUGGAAAACCGUAUAUGGAGCCAGUGUCAUCAUCUUUGAGGGAAUCAUGGCCUUCGCAGAUAAAAAACUCUUGCAGUUGCUGGACAUGAAGAUUUUUGUGGACACAGACUCUGACAUCCGGCUUGUGCGUCGGUUGAGGAGGGACAUCACAGAGAGAGGCCGAGAAAUUGAGGGUGUCAUCAAGCAGUACAACAAGUUUGUAAAGCCAGCGUUUGAGCAGUACAUUGAACCCACCAUGCGCUUGGCUGAUAUCGUGGUGCCACGAGGUGGUGGCAAUAUGGUGGCCAUCGAUUUGAUUGUGCAGCAUGUCCACAGUCAGCUGGAGGAGAGGAAACUUCGCUGGGAUAUGGCAGCCCUGGCUUCUGCUCACCAGGCCCAACCCCUCCCCCAGACCCUCAGUGUUCUGGAGAGCACACCCCAGGUCAGGGGCAUGCACACCAUCAUCAGAAACAAGGAAACCAGCCGCGAUGAGUUCAUCUUCUACUCCAAGAGGCUGAUGCGUCUGUUGAUCGAGCGAGCGCUUUCCUUCCUCCCCUCACAGGCCCACGUAGUCCAGACGCCCCAGGGAGAGGAUUAUGAAGGCAGGACUUUCCACGGGAAGAGGAUCACAGGCGUGUCCAUCCUGCGAGCUGGGGAGACCAUGGAGCCGGCUCUUAGGGCCGUCUGCAAAGACGUCCGCAUUGGCAAGAUCCUCAUCCAGACUAACCAGGACACAGGAGAACCAGAGCUUCAUUACCUGCGUCUACCCAAAGACAUCAGUGAAGAUCAUGUGAUCCUGAUGGACUGCACUGUGUCCACGGGAGCCGCUGCCAUGAUGGCUGUGCGAGUCCUACUGGACCAUGACGUUCAGGAGGACAAGAUCCUGCUGGUGUCUCUGCUAAUGGCUGAAAUGGGAGUCCAUUCAGUGGCUUACGCAUUCCCACAGGUCAAAAUCAUCACAACAGCUGUUGACAAGAAGGUUAAUGAUCUCUUCCACAUCAUACCUGGAAUAGGAAACUUCGGGGAUCGAUACUUUGGAACAGACGCACCUCCUGACUGGAGCGACGAAGAGAUGGACGAGCCCAGUUACUGAUUGAAUUAUUGGCAGCGCACUAACUUAUUGGGUGAUUCAGGGCUGUGCCCCUCGGAGGACAAUAUAAGGACACACGCUUUGCCUCUGUCGGGCCGUACGUGCGUCAAAGGAGGGCCGAAGGUGCCCUGAGAAAUCAACUGUAAACAGAGCAAGACAUUGCUGAUGCACAGUCACCUUGUGGGAGCUUUUAAUUAUAUUAUUUUAUCUCAUGUAAAUGCUGUUGUGAAAACUUGUGUCAUGAAGUCUAAAAUAUUUUUAUAUGUACAGUAUGUUAAGUCCAAAUAUUUUUAUUUAAGUGUUUGAAUUUACCGAAAAUUUGCAGGCAUGUUGCUCUGAAAAUAUCUCGCCUUAAGCCGUGUACUGUGGACGACACAACUGAAUGUGAAUUUGCACGUGCCGUAAAGGAAGAAGAAGAGAAAAAAAAUCAAGCUUUUAAGGUUAUUUUUACCACAUACCUUCCUCACAACUUUCACAAAAGUAAAAUCGGAACAUGAACUCAUGUUGCUCAACUUCCAUCGCCAUGAGCACUUUUUGAAGGACCAUUCAAUCGGAAAAUGUGUGGGCGUAUCUGUGUUUUUUUUGUUUUGUUUUUUAGCUCUCUGGUUCACCUUUUUUCCUUUCUGUGGAUGCUGACCUAACCAGUUGAAACGGGUGUUGAAAACGGUUUUUCAUUAUACAGCUAAAAGUAUGCACUUGUAGCGUAUAUUUAUGCAGCACAUCCUUGAUUUACAUAUUCUCUUCUAUGGAUAGACCCGACCAGUCAGCAGGCAAGUCAUACAUCUUUCUUGCUGCGAUGAAAACGGGUCAUCUGCAUCUAACAAACACAGAUUAAGUGUUUCAGUCUCAACACGUUCCGAUUUUAUUUUCUUUUGCAUCAAAUGAGAUUGUUAAAAAACAAAAGGGCUCUUGAGUAAAGCAUACACAUGAGCUCAGAACGUCUACAUGUCAGAAAGUGCGGCGUUCACACAGCCCUGCUCGUGCCUGAUCUGUACACUUGGUAUCAGUAUUGAAAUGAAUGAGAUGUGUCUGUUAAAGUCGGUGCCUUUUUAACAUUGCCUUGUUCUUUUUAGAGAAACGUCGGGUCACACUCCGCAAUAUUCAUCCAUAUGGUUAUUUGAACUGCUGCAGUGAGAAAUCAGAAGAAGAGGAGCAUGUUAAGCUCAUUUUAUAUCAUCAUAACUUUAAUUUUAAGGAUUUUAACGGAGAAUUUGAAGAUGUUUUUUAUUUAUUUUGCCUUUUUUGGAAAGAAACAAAUGAACAACAUGAAGGGCGGGAGGAAACGAGAAAUGGGACUUGCUCAAAAUGCAACUCCAAGCACUGUUACUACUGUAUUAUUUUCCAUUUAGUCACCUGCUACUGUGCAGUACGAGCCUCCUGCUGAACACAACUGUUAGUGACUCACUCUGUACUGAUGCAUCGAUUUUUGUGUUUGCAGCCUCUGUGCUGUUUUAUGUUUACCACUGCUGCUGCAUGUUUUUUUAUAUAUAUACGUUUAAUAAAAGUGCAGUAGAGCUUUUAAA